GAAAAUUUGAUUAACGAGAAAGAAAAAACAUCAUUUCUUCCGAGAGACUCCUACGUAACAGCCAGAUUUCAUUAUCAUCUUUAUCGCUAAUUUUCCAUGUCAACUUGUUAACGAAUUUGACCAGAUAUAUAUAUAGAGGAUGACCGCUGUAAUCUAUCAGUAACCACUGUCAAGGAAGAAGUUAAAAUAGAUCUUUUGAAACAUUCGAACUUGACUUGAUCAUAGUAAAAGAACGAAAUUUUUUGAAUUAAAAGAAACUGGUACAUUUUCUUUUUUAGAACAAGAAACAUUAUAUCGGCAAUGUUAGGACCCUUUUUGAAGCUGAACAACGGCCUCAAGUGCCCUCAAUUCGCUUAUGGCUCAUAUAUGAUCAACCGUAGCAAAUGCUUUGACUCCGUGUAUGCAGCUUUACAAUGUGGUUACCGUCAUAUCGACUCUGCGCAAAUGUACUUUAAUGAAGGAGAUUGUGGUAGAGCCAUCCUUCAAUUCAUGAAGGACACUGGCACGAAACGUGAAGACAUCUGGUUUACCAGCAAGCUAAACAACUUGGCUGGUUAUAGCGCGACACUCAAAAGCAUUGACAGCAGCGUGAAGGCUUGUGGUUUAGGAUACAUUGACUUGUUUUUGCUUCAUUCUCCUUAUGGAGACCGCCUCGGCUCUUGGAAAGCUUUGGAAGAAGCUGUUGAAACAGGAAAAAUUCGUGCUAUUGGUGUAUCCAACUUUGGACCUCAUCACAUUCAGCAGUUGUUGGACCAUCAUCCUAAGAUUGUUCCCUGCGUCAACCAAAUUGAGCUCCAUCCCUUCUGCUCUCAAAGCAAGGUGGUUGAAUACUGCCAAGCAAAGGGAAUUGCUUUGGCUGCCUAUGCUCCUUUGGCCCAUGGUGAAAAGUUUGGCAAUAAGCAAUUGAUUGGCAUUGCCAACAAAUAUAACAAGACAGAGGCACAAAUCAUGAUCCGCUUUUUACUCCAACGUGGUUAUAUUGUUCUUCCCAAGAGCUCUACUCCUUCUCGCAUCAAGGGUAAUGGUGAAGUGUUUGAUUUUGAACUUUCCAAGGAUGAGAUGGAUACCUUGUAUAAUUUGGAUGAAGACUAUCAUUCCGAUUGGAACCCAUGUGUUUCUUCUCUCUAAGUUGAUUUCUCUCUUGGUUCGUUUUCCUUGAGGGGAGAAGGUAAAGAAGCUUGAAAACAAACAACUUUAUAGAUUUGUGAUGCUGAGAUGCUUUAAUGAUAUUGAUUUAUGAUUUAGCAAAUGUGAAAGAAAAAAAAAAAAAAAAAAAAAAAAAAAUAA